AUGGCUGAAGUUGUUUACUGCGCAGGUUUGCAAUGUGGGAAACGUACAGACUCGACUCUUAAGUGUCCAAUUUGCCUUAAAAACGGUAUUACCUCGGUGUUUUGUGACGAUACUUGUUACAAGGAAAACUACAAAUCACACAAGGCCUUGCAUCCCAACGAGAAGAAUGAGCCCUAUGACCCUUUCCCCAAAUUUAAAUACACUGGUGGCAUGAGGGCCUCAUACCCUUUGACUCCCAAGAGAUACAUUCCUGAGGAUAUUGAAAAGCCAGAUUGGUCAGCUAAUGGUAUGCCAAUAAGCGAACAGCGGAAUGAUAGGCUAAACAAGAUUCCUACUUACACCAAGGAAGAGAUCAAGAAGAUCCGUAAGGCCUGUAUGAUGGGUAGAGAGAUCAUCGACGUGGCAGCCGCUGCUAUUAGACCUGGUAUUACUACGGAUGAGUUGGAUGAGAUUGUUCACAGGGAAACCAUCGAAAGGAAGGCGUAUCCAUCACCUCUCAAUUACUACAACUAUCCGAAAUCUGUUUGUAUUUCCGUCAAUGAAGUUAUCUGCCACGGUAUUCCCGACAAAACCGUCUUGAAGGAAGGUGAUAUUGUUAAUUUGGACGUUUCGCUUUAUUAUAUGGGGUUCCAUGCAGAUUUGAACGAGACUUAUUAUGUGGGGGAGAACAUCUCUAAAGAAGCCAUUAACACUGUGGAGACCGCCCGUGAAUGUUUAAAGAAUGCAAUUAAACACUGUAAACCAGGCACACCGUUCCAAGAACUCGGUGAUAUCAUUGAAAAGCAUGCUACCGAAAAUAAGUGUUCCGUUGUGAAAAGCUAUUGUGGACAUGGUGUUGGUAGAUUUUUCCACUGUGCUCCUAGUAUUCCACAUUACGCUAGGAACAGAACUCCCGGUGUCAUGAGACCAGGUAUGGUUUUCACUGUUGAGCCAAUGAUUAACGAAGGUGUUUGGAGAGAUGCUACUUGGCCCGAUGACUGGACUUCUGUGACGCAAGAUGGUAAAUUAAGUGCGCAAUUUGAACAUACGCUUUUGGUCACUGAUAAUGGUGUUGAAAUUCUAACUGCUAGAAACAAGAAAUCACCUGGCGGUCCAAGACAAAGAACCAAGUGA